AUGGCAGCCGUCGCCCCUCCUCGCGGCCUUGCGCCCAACUCAUCACUGCCCGCCAAAGUUUCCCAGAUCUCUCCCAAUCAGACGCUCUACGUCACAAAUCUCCCGUCCGCAAAGAUCCAGAAAAACGACCUUCGAACGGAGCUCUAUUUGCUCUUCUCUGCGUACGGUCCGGUGCUCGACAUUGUCGCCAUGAAGACCAUGAAAAUGCGAGGACAAGCGCACAUCACCUUCCGCGACAUCCAAGCAGCAACACAAGCCAUGCGCUCUCUUGAGGGCUUUGACUUCCUCGGCCGCCCUUUGUCGAUCCAGUACGCCAAGUCCAAGUCAGACUUCGUCGCGAAGCUUGACGGCACGUACAAGAUGCCGAACUCGACCGCCGGAGCCUCCAAUGUCGAAGUUACCGAGUUGCAGCAAAGCAUUUUCAACGCUCCGGCACCAGGCGAGGCCGCGGCCGCAUCGAAGCCCGCUCCCAGCGGUGACCAACCGAUGAGCGAUGCACAAGCAGCCGACCGGGGCCAGAAGCGGCAGCGCGACGAGGAGGAGGAUGACGACAGUGACGUCGCCAUGGAAGAGGACAGCGACGACGAUUGA